CAUCACACACCCCAGCACACCAGCGCAGGAAACUUAUAACCUCGGGAGGCAGGUCCCUCCCUUCACUGUGGUCACAAAGCUCCAGAAGAGCAGACGAGCCACCAGCAGCUGCCAGCUCCUGACACUCAGGGGGCCUCUGCCUUUGGGACCCUCAGGACUUUCCACCUGCUAAAUCAUCAAAAAGCCAAGAUGUUGGUAUUACUGGCUGGCAUCUUUGUAGUCCACAUCGCCACUGUGAUUAUGUUAUUUGUUUCCACCAUUGCCAAUGUCUGGGUGGUUUCAGAUAAUACAAAAGCAUCAGUAGGCCUUUGGAAAAACUGUACCGGAGGCAACUGUGAUGGAAGCCUGUUCUAUGCCCAUGAAGAUGCGCUCAAGGCAGUGCAGGCCUUCAUGAUCCUUUCCAUCAUCUUCUCUGUCAUCUCCCUCGUGGUCUUCGUGUUCCAGCUCUUCACCAUGGAGAAGGGAAACCGCUUCUUCCUCUCGGGGGCGACGAUGCUGGUGUGCUGGCUAUGCAUUAUGGUUGGGGUGUCCAUCUAUACUCACCAUUACGCAAGUGGUCAGAAAGCUCUCUACACCCAAAGUCACCAUGGCUAUUGCUUCAUCCUGACCUGGAUCUGCUUCUGCUUUAGCUUCAUCAUUGGCAUUCUCUACCUGGUCCUGAGAAAGAAAUAAGGCUGAACAAGUUCAUGGGGAUCUGGGGGGUGGGGAGGAGGAAGCCACGGAAUCUGGGAGGGAAGUGAAAGUUGCUCUGCAGGAA